AUGCGCUGGCCGUCCUGCCUCACUCUUUUGGCCACCCUCCCGCUCCUUUGCUACGCCCUGGCCCCAGUGGAAGUGACCGUCCCUGCGCUUCCCGGUUCGAAGAAUGUCGUACACCCUAACUUUCUUGGGAUCAGUCUCGAGCUCAGUUUCUUGGACGAAUACUUUGGCAAGAACGCGUCUUCGAUACCGCCCGCCGUCAUAAACUACCUACAAACUAUCCGAGCACGCACCGCCAAUGUACCACUACGCCUGCGGAUUGGCGGUAACUCGAUGGAUAGUUCAAAGUACAUCCCAGACCAGACAUCGCCUAUGCUACAGCUCACCGAUCCCAACGCAAACCCCAAUAAUCAGCCUGUGAACUAUGGCGAUACGAUUUGGGAAGUCCUCAACGAGGUGGCCCACAACAUUGGAGGCGCUCAGUACCUCAUUGGACUCUCUCUUCUUGACCCCAAUAGUACAAAUGUCCCUCUAUUGGCAGGUGACGCGAAGAAGAACCUUGGGGACAACUUGGAUGCUUUUUUAUUGGGCAAUGAACCUGAUCUCUAUACCGCUCACAAACAGAGGCCUAACCUCGCCAACUAUACCACCGGAAACUACAUGGAUGAAUUUGGCACAGUCACAAGUCACUUGAAAAAUACUACCGGGGGUAAUCUUCUUGAGCUCCAAAAUCUAGGCGGCCCCACAAUUUGUUGCUUCUGGGAUUUAGCGUCUUUGCUCCAAGAUGGUUACUUGACAGCUUACGGGAACGAUCUCAAAUACCUCACAUUACAACACUACCCACAGAAUAACUGUGUCGCCGGAAAAUACCCGUACGAACUACCUUGGUAUAUGACGCAUUCUAAUACCGUCAAGCUAGCCUCUUGGCAGGAACACGGCAUCUCUGUUCUCUUGGACACCCAAGGGAGACGCCCCCAACUUCUUAUGUCAGAAUUCAAUUCUGCGUCUUGUGGGGGUAUUCCUGGGAUCUCAGACACCUUUGCUGUGGGCGCAAUGUGGUCGACAGACUACGCUCUACAGCUGGCAUCCAUGGGAUAUGUCGCUGCAUACCUCCACACGCGCGAACGGGGUAUUACCUACAACAUAUUUUCGCCACCUAACACUCCGGAUCUCUCGGGCAACUGGACCACUGGACCUUCGUUUUAUUCCCUUCUAGUGACCGCCGAAGCAUUGGCUUCUGACAACGGUACUUUUGUUACGGACUUGAACCUUCAAAACUCCACUGUUGAUGGAAAGGCUACUGUCAGCGCCUAUGCAAUCCACGAUGCCGGGGACUCGUCUCUCAGACGGAUCGUCCUGUUCAACUACGCGAACUCAUCGGAGCCCGCGACGUUUACCUUUUCUGCAGAAGAUAUUUCGAAGGCAGCUGGGCUGACAGUCAAAUACCUAUCCGCCGCUAGCGCUGGGGAGAAACAGAAGAUAUCGUGGGGUGGACAGUCUUUCGCAACCUCAGGAGACGGGACCCUCGUGACUCCUUCAGACGAUGAUACGCAAUGGGCGAUGGCGAACACACAGAUCGAUUGCACUAACGGAUGCACGGUGAAUGUCACUGGGCCUGGAAUUGCCGUUGUGAUGGUCGCGUCGCCUUUGGUUAGGACAUCUCCUUCCACUUCCGACAACGAGGGUUUCAUGAGCACAGUUUCCCCCAUUUUGCUUAUAACUACCAUACUAUUGGGGUUGAUACUAUCUUGA